AUGGGCGGCGGCGGGUUACGCAUCCUGCCUCAUAAAACAUGGCACGUGUGGCGGCGAGACAACAUCGAGCGGGUGCUAAAAGAUGAGCGGACGCACGAGGAAAAGCGCUUCGACAUGGACGUGAAAGAACGGAGGCGAGAGCAGGAGCGACGGGCCCAGCAGCUCACAGCAAAAGGACCGGCUACUACUCAGACGCAAGUCAAGCACGUGAAUCUGUUCGAGCUGGAGGAGGUUCAAGCUCGCGGCAGAGACGGUACACAGGACAAGAAGGAGAAGAAGAAGGAGACGCUGCAGAGAUACGGCCAGUUGUCGUGGUAUGCGCAGCCAGAGAAGGCGCGAAAGGCGCUUACUUCGAGACAAGAGCGUCAGAAGAAGAGAAAUUUAGAACUUGCAGAUCCGUUACGGGAGAUGCGUCCAAAAGAGGAGCAAGCACAGCGUUUGGUCUUGUCUUUGACUCUUUUGGAAGAAGAGAAGGAGGGAAGAUGUCGACGUAACGUCGUUCGCGCGGGACCUGGUGGGAGCGACAUCCGAAAGUAUUCUGGUAAUUACGACUAUUUGUCGACGUCACGUGAUAGCAAGGAACGGAAUCGCCUUUGUCGGGCAGAAGUUGAGGAGGAGGGGAGAGCUGAUGAAGCUCUGAAGAAGCAUAGCAAGUAUCGAGCAAAGAAGAGGAAACGUGAGCAUUGCAGGAAUGAAACGUCGCUCGAGGACCUGCGCCAAGAGAGAAAAGACCGAGAAGCAUCUGAGCGGCGGCGGGCUGAGAAGUUGGUGUACGGAUGA